AUAAUGUGAUCAUCAUAUUACAAACAUCAAAGUUAGUGGGUUGACAGGUGAGUGAGGCUUUCUCCAUGCAUGUUCGAGGAAACUCUUAUCCUCAUCAAAAUCUCAUCCUGAUCUUGUUUUGCUUCAUCACUUUCAUUCUAUAUACUCCACUAGAUUGGGAAUCUGUCGAGCUCUAUAUAAAGAGCUGCCGCCAUAGCCAAAGGGAGGCAUGACAAUGGUGGUCGGAUUCCAAACACUGGCUGCUGCUGUUUUAGCAUUUUUGGCGUUGAUUUACACUUGGAAAUUACUGAAUUGGGCAUACAUCAAGCCUAAAAAGUUGGAGAGAGCCCUCAGGAAGCAGGGGCUUGUUAGAAGUGUCAAGAUCCUAGAGCUCAAAGAUGAUGAAGUUGUGGAUAGCGUUAAAGAUCAAGAGAGCAAAGCUGACGUGCAUGGAGGACGUGGCAGUCAUGACAUGGACUCAUGCACAUUUGGAAAAGAGAGUGCACGAGCUGAAGCUUAUUGUGUGAGCACCAGAUCAUUGCCAUCACAGACAGCUGGAUCUUGUGCAUCAUGGAAUAAUUCUUGUACGUUCAAGGAAGCAUUAAUGAAAGGAUUAGUGAGUACGAGAGUUUGUUAGUUUUAGUGUUUGUUUGUGUAACUGAUUGGAGUUCUAGAUUAUUCCAUUAAGUAGUAUAAAGACUGAGUCUGUAAUCUCAAUAUAAAACAAAUGAAACAGUAACACUUCUGAGA